AUGACGGUAGCAGACAGAAUCAACUCGCUCGCUCAACAGCUUGCCGAGCUAUCCGCCGAACUACAUGGCAAUCCCGAGCAUUUCAUAGCCUGCAAUGAUGAGCUCACUGACCUGGCGCAAGCCUCUGCUAAGCUUCUUGGUUCUAUCCAGAGCCCAUCAAUGUAUAUCAAUAGCAUGAUUACACAAAUGGCGCACUUUACCGCUCUGCGAUUGUUUAUCGAGUGGGGAGUGUUCGACGCGAUUCCCAAUCAAGACUUUAUCUCGCUUGAAAAGCUGGCCAAGAAGGUCAACGUCGAUGUGCAGGUUAUUACCCGUUUCUCCCGCAUUCUAGUUGCCCAGGGAGCGCUCAAACAAGACGGAACAAAGAGCCUUGCGCACACCACGACUUCCAUGAUGUUCAUUCGUGAAAGCCCUAUGAACUCUUUGAUUAGAAUGGGAUACGAUAUGCAUCUGAAGUCUUGCUCUCAUAUUGUCUCCUUCUUUGAGAAGUAUGGUACUAAAGAGCCCCAGGGUCGCCUUGGAACAAUGUUUGCCUUCGCUUGUGGUGAUACUAACCUGACUGUCUGGGAACACUUGGACCGGAAUCCCGAGACGAUGAAGAACUUCAUGAUCAGUAUGGUAGCCAUGAGCCAAAGGCUGUCAAUUACUGGAUCAUACGACUUCAGCUGGGUCCUAAGUCCGAAGUACAAAGAAAGGACUCUCAUUGUCGAUGUGGGAGGAGGAAAAGGUCAUGCCCUACAGGCCAUAUACGAUGUUACCCCAGGACUUCCAAUGGAUCGAUGUGUUGUGCAGGAUUUGGACGUGGUAGUCACAGAGUCCAAAAAGGUUGCGGAGAACCCUUUGAGUCAGGCACAAUUCGUUUCAUCUGACUUUCAUCAGUCUCAACCUACGAAGGGGGCUCUCAUUUACUACAUUCGACGUUGUCUCCAUGACUACGGCGACUCAGAUUGCGUGGAGAUACUCCAGCAUAUACAAAAAUCCAUGGCUGACGACAGUAAACUUAUCAUUGCCGAGCAGAUUCUAAGCGAUCAACCAUCCUUAGUGGCAUCCGCCACAGAUAUAUACAUGCUGACACUAGGUGGCAAAGAGCGAACUUUGGAUGGCUUCCGGGCUAUCACAGCUGACGCAGGGCUGGAGAUUGUUGAAGUUUAUGGUACUGGGGACAAUGACUUGGCUUUGAUCGAAUGCAGGAAGCUUUAA